AGUCGCCCGGCCGGCCGCGAUGCAUUCUGGGGAAGUAGCAGCACCAGAUCCAAGAUGGCGGCCAGCAGGAGGCUGAUGAAGGAGCUUGAAGAAAUCCGCAAAUGUGGAAUGAAAAACUUCCGUAACAUCCAGGUUGAUGAAGCUAAUUUAUUGACUUGGCAAGGGCUUAUUGUUCCUGACAACCCUCCAUAUGAUAAGGGGGCCUUCAGAAUCGAAAUCAACUUUCCAGCAGAGUACCCAUUCAAACCACCGAAGAUCACAUUUAAAACAAAGAUCUAUCACCCGAACAUCGAUGAAAAGGGGCAGGUCUGUCUGCCGGUAAUUAGUGCUGAAAACUGGAAGCCAGCAACCAAAACCGACCAAGUAAUCCAGUCCCUCAUAGCACUGGUGAACGACCCCCAGCCCGAGCACCCACUUCGGGCUGACCUAGCUGAAGAAUACUCUAAGGACCGUAAAAAAUUCUGUAAGAACGCUGAAGAGUUUACAAAGAAAUACGGGGAGAAGCGACCUGUGGACUAAACUCUGCCACGACUGAUUCCAGCGAGUGUGAGCGGAGAUCCCGAGCAGCGCAUUCAGACACCCCGCAAAGCAGGACUCUGUGGAAAAUUGACACGUUCCGCCGCCUGGCGUUUGCUUGUGGCAGUUACUAACUUUCUACAGUUUUCUUAAUCAAAAGUGGUCUAGGUAACCUGUAAAGAAAGGAUUAAAAAUUUAAGAUGUUCUAGUUCUGCUUUCUUUGUUUUAAAAAAUCACUGCUUGAAUCUACUUUAAAAGAAUGGUAUUUCUUUUCUUGUCCAAAUUGAUCCAAAAUUUUCAAUUUACAUUUAGCCCUUAAGGUUAAGGAAAAAAAAAGGAAAAAAAAAAAAAAAGGUUGCAGUUCCCUUUCUUCCCCUGCCCCUGCAACUCCCACCUUCUUGCAUUCAGUUUAUCUUUCACUCAUUCAUUUCCCCAGACUCAGGCCCAUCUCCUCCGCAAAGAGAAGAGACCACUCCUGAUGAUUCUGGUGGCUUCUCUACUCCCACGUUGCACUGCCCUGUGUGGGAGUUGGUUCAAAUUCUCCUGGCCCCAAUUUAUAACAUCCUUUAAAAAUAUUUUAAAAACAAGCAAACUACCACUCACCACCCCACCACCUCCCCCUCAUCACCCCCCCAAAAAAAAAAAUUCCGUGAAAAGGGAGGCCCAGUUCUUAUGUAAAAAUCCGGCUGGUGUUACCACAAUAACGUUGAUUAAAUGGGCAAACCCUGA